AUGUCUCACCUGAAUGGCCCAUUGUUCUCAGAAGCGCAAAAGGCCAUCCACGAGGCAUUGGGUGAGAGUUCAGAGUUCAAUGAGGUCAAUAUACACGCGAAGCUCUUGCGCGUCGUUGCCAUUGUUUCUGGGCUUGCAUUUGUUGGGCCAGAUAUCUGCCGCGAAGAAGAGUAUCUCACCAACAGUAUCAUGUUCACCGUCGACCUGUUUUCUGCGGUUGCGGCAUUGAAAAGUUGGCCAAAUUUUGGCCCUGUACGCCGAAUUGCGAGUUUUUUCAUUCCCCAAAUGAAAAGGCUGAAGGAGCAUAGAAAACGAUCGAUUGCCUACCUAGUGUCGGUAGUCCGCAAGCGGCGCGCCGCCACGAGUACUAUGCCGAAAGAAAAAAGACCGAAAGACAUGCUUCAAUGGCUUAUAGAAAAAGCAGGAAACUUUCAUGUCAAGGAUGACGAGGAUAUCGCAAUGGUCUUAAUCUUGUUGGGCGUUGCUGCAAUUCAUACGACGACCAUGGCCAUGACACAGACAAUCUUCGAUCUUAUUGGAUACUGUCCCGGAGUGAUUGAUCUACUCCGUGACGAAAUUCAAUCUGUCCACGCUGCACAUCACGGAAUCAUCAAUACCGAAGCGCUGUACCAGAUGAAACUUCUUGAUUCCGUUAUGCGGGAAUCACAGCGCAUCAACCCGACCAAUGUAAUGCGAAUGCAGCGAUGUGUUUUACAAUCAUUCCAUCUAUCUGAUGGUACCAAAAUUCCGGCCAAUUUCGACAUCGCCGUGCCCGCCCUUCCAGUCAACUUGGACGAGUCUAAGUACCCAAAGCCAGAUCAAUUCGAUCCUUAUCGUUUCGUCAAUCUAAGAUCUGGCGUCAAGAACGAUCCUAUCGGCUAUGCUAGUCGUGAACAGUACCAGUUCAUUAGUGUAACCAAGGAGAACAUGGCAUUUGGUUUUGGACAGUCAGCCUGCCCUGGGCGCUUCUUUGCUGCCAAUGAAAUGAAACUGCUCUUUGUGCGAUUACUAAUGGACUAUGAUAUCAAGAUGCCCGAGAACAUCGAGGGUAGAUAUCCAAACAUUAUUCGUGGAACGUCGAUUACAGCUAAUGCGUCCAAGCCAAUUUUACUGCGAAGGCGAAAAUAUGGUCUUUAG